AUGGCAGGGGUCACUACUGUGUCUUAUAAGUUCAACAUAAAUGGAGAAUACUCUGAGUUUUUACAAGCCAAGAGAGGAAUCAGGCAGGGGGACCCCAUCUCCCUUUUUCUCUUUGUUAUUCUUAUGGAGUAUAUGCAUAGAUCAUUAACUAAGAUGCAGAAAAAUGCUAAUUUUAAUCAUCAUGCCAAGUGUGAAAGUUUGAACCUCACAAACCUCACAUUUGCAGAUGAUGCGCUAUUAUUUUGUAGGGGUGAUUCUAUCUCUGUGGGUUUAAUGAUGAAAGCUUUCAAUAUUUUUUCUGAUUCUACAGAUCUGGUGGUCAAUUACAGUAAAUGCAAGAUCUUUUUUGGAGGUAUUGAUGACAAUAGCAAGGAGAGUAUUAAGACCAUGUCUAGUUUUCAGGAGGGUUCUUCGCCCAUCAAGUAUCUGGGAGUCCCAUUGUCCAGCAAAAAACUCAACAUUAAUCAUUACAUACCAUUGGUGGAUAGAAUUAUUGGGUGUGUGCAUCAUUAG